AUGUCUACCGUUCUCUCCGCGCUACGCAAGCAUUGGAGGCGCGGAGAGUAUCAAAUUCUCCACGAGCGACCCGGGGCGACUAAAAUACAGUAUUCCUCCGCUCCGGAUGACCGCUCCAGUAUUCGCAAUGCACCAAACGAUAACGCCAUGUUCGGCUCGCUUAGGGCUGAGAGUAUUGGUGCCUGGCCCUCACUAUCCCGAAUCCAGGAUCUACCGCCCGAGUUGCUGGCAGAGAUAUUCUACCGCUACAUCCUGCUAAUGCUGCACACCUGCGCGCGUGUCGGAGACCCUAGUCCAUACGCAUGGCUCGUCAUUAGGCACGUUUGCAGAGCGUGGCGAGCCGUGGCACUCGCCUAUCCGCGUCUGUCUAGUUAUAUCUAUCAAACUCGGAAGCUGGCGUGCGUUCAGGACAUGCUCGACCGCUCUGGGACAGCGCCUUUAUACGUGUAUGACAUCGAAGAUGACCGGAAACAAUUUAGUAUGGAAGCACAGAGGCAAAUGCUCCACCACCUGGACCGUAUCGUUUCCGCACGGAUUGCGGUGCACGACUCCAUCCCUACGCCGAACCCGCAGGGGUCCCAGUACCCGGCAGUAUCGAUCUUGAAGACCGUCUCGAUUCAUGCUGAAUCCAAUAUCACGCUCUCGGAUCCUCUGUUUCCGGGAUGGGUUUUUCCCCAUCUUCAGGACUUUACCGGCCGGAAGAUUAGCCUGUCCUCCUUCCGCACUCUCCUUCCGCCAGGACUACGCCGCCUCUCCCUUAAUCAUUGUUUACCUAUUCUCUUGUUAGACGACCUCAUCUCCCUUCUCAAAGACUUGCACCAACUCGAAGAGCUAGUCGUUCGGGACACGUUCACCGUAUCCGUCCCGUUCGAAAGCAAACGGGGAACGCUCCCGUUUCGCCACUCCGCCACGCUGCAGUGUCUUAAGCUGCUUGAGGUGCGGAACCAUUGCCAUGUGAGAGGGUCGCUCCUCCUCCGCCGACUCGUCUACCCCAGAUCUGCUAGCGUCAGGCUAUCAUUUAUAGGCUCACUCGAAGACCCCUCGUACAACUCGGAGCUUCUAGUCAAUUCAUUCCUUGCUAGAUUCAACUUCGCGGACUGCAAUCCAUUCAUCUAUUGUGGUGAAUGCGACCGGUCCAUCGACUGCCCCUUGCCUCAGUCUAUGGCGAUCGUGUCCACGAUUGAUGAAAAGCUCCGCGUGCGUCUGUGGACGGAGCGUCUGUCGCUCGAGGAACUACAGGCAAAGAGUGACACGAGGGACACCGCAUGCUUCUGCUUCGACAUGACUUCCCCUCCUGCAUCUUUUCUCCCCGCUUUCCUGCAACGGCUCCCUUUGACCGACAUUCGCUCCGCGCUCCUCGCUGAGCCAGGGAUUACCGGGGCACUUCCGUGGCGCGAGCUGUUUCCCCUGCUGCCGUCCCUCGAGGGGCUUUCCAUACAGUUCGCGAGGUGGCCUAGUCUGGAAUAUGAUAUCUGGAAAAGCGCAGGAUACUUCGUGCAGGACUCUCCUCGCUCGCUAUUUCCUGCUCUUACCGUCGCUCAGCUCAAGAACCUGUACUUUGCGAUGCGGCAUGAAGACGUGGCUAACACCCACUACAUCUCGGACCUGCACAUCCUUGCACAUCUCCUGCAGAGCGAGAAAAUGCGUCUGGUGCUUGCACGAGGCAAGCUGAUAAAGAUCUGGACUACCUCCCUGGAUUUUGGAUUGGAGAGGGAGAUGCAUCUGGAAGAUGACUUCUUGUAG